AUGUCUAAUCUUUUUUCCGCGUCUGAUAAUGGGGGUAAUUCUCAAAACCCUAAUAAGGGUUUUGCAACUAGACUGCUAAACAUUGAUGGUAAAACCUACUGUCCACGCCGUGGAGUAUUGACGAGUCAACAACAAGGACCAACGGUUGUGAACAUUAUUGACGAGCUUACUAAGAUAACAGUGCCUGUGGAGUCGGCUGAAAAGAAAUCAGAAGUCAGCAAGAAUGCGGACCUAGAUGAUGAGGAAUUCUGGGAGAAUAGUAAAAAAGAUAACCCUAUUUCGUAUGCUGAAAAGCUUAUGUCGAGGACUCGUAAUAAAAGGGAGGUUAACUUUAGAUUUAUGCAAUCAGAGGAAACAAGGGAUGAUGCUGACAUUGUUAUCCCAAAAGAGGUUGUUCAAAAGGUCCAGGAUAAGUUUGAAAACGUUCUAUACGGCUAUUUUUUGGGGAAUAGAUUACCGUAUCCGGUAGUAGAAUACUAUGCUAAGAACGUUUGGGCGAAGUUUGGGUUUUCAAAGCUCAUGAUGAAUUCAGCAGGAUUUUUUUACUUCAAGUUUGAAUCGAAUGAAGGUAUGAUGAAAGUGCUUGAAGGAGGGCCGUGGUUAAUAAGGAAAAUUCCUUUAUUUCUGAAUAAAUGGUCACCGAAAGUUUCUUUAAAAAAGGAUGGUAUUAAAACUAUUCCUCUUUGGGUUAAAUUGCAUAAUGUUCCGAUUGCGGUUUACACAGAUGAUGGGUUAAGUUUGUUGGCCUCUAAAAUUGGUGUUCCUAAAAGGUUGGAUUCAUACACUGCGGAUAUGUGUGCGGAUAAUUGGGGUAGGAGCAGCUAUGCCCGUGCUAUGAUAGAGGUAAGUGCUGAAAGUGAUCUAAAAGAUUAUAUAACGCUAGCUAUCCCUAAAAUGGAUGAAGACGGGUAUGUUAUGGAACGUGUGAAAGUGGAGUAUGAAUGGAAGCCCCUACGUUGUGCUACUUGCUGUUUGUUUGGGCAUGAUGAAAAGACGUGUAGUAAGAAUGACAAAGGUAAGGCUAAACAGGUUAUUGUGGAUGAGGAGGGUUACGUAAUGGAUAACAAACGUGUUGCUCAACAUGGCUUUCCCCAAAAGAAGCAAAAGGCGAAGUUCAUUUAUAAGCCGAAGACAAAUAACUCGGGAGCUAGUUCCUCCGGAACAAGUAGUGGGCAACCUAUGGUAAAAGUGGCAAACUCUUUUCAGCCCAUAUCAUUGGAUGACGAUGAUCAUCCAAAAAACGAUAGUGUUGCAGAAACCAAUGAUAGUGUUCAUUCUCAACAUGAAACCUCUAAGGAGAUGGACACUAAAAAGUCUGAGGAAGUUCUAGAGAAGAUACCAACGGAGAUGUCCAAGUUUAUGAGUACCAAUGUCACGGAUUGUCGAUCUGAGGGGGCAAGCACUCCCGGUUCUAAUGAGACGCAUGUUAAUGUUAGUAAUCUUGGAAAAAUAUGUAAGACUGUUUUCCGUAGAUGGAGUUGGACGUCGAAUGGGGACGUGUGUCAAAGAGGAACAAGAAUUAUCUUGGGGUGGAAUCCGGAUGAAGUUGAUCUUAUGGUUCUUUCUCAAUCGGACCAGCAACGUAGAAUUCUUUGGGAAAACUUAUGUAAGCAUAGCUGCUUAGCUCGUUAUCAGCCGUGGGUUAUUCUUGGGGAUUUUAACACAGCUCUCAACAUGGAAGAUUGUCUAUACAGGCCUUCAAAUCACACAAUUGGUAUGAGAGAUUUUUCGGAAUGCAUCAAAGUUGCUGAACUUAUGGAUGUUAAAAGUCACGGGUUACAUUACACAUGGAAUCAAAAGCCUAAAGAGGGGAUUGGAGUCCUCAAGAAAAUAGUCGUAUUAUGA